AUGGUCAUGAAGAAAGAGCCUGCGAUAUCGUCGCGAUUGGCAGCCGCCUUGUCUAUACUAUUCACUGUCCUCUACGUCGCUCCCUUCUAUCUCUCGCGCACCACCCGCCCCUCCCCCUACCUCUCCCGCGACACCCCCCAAGUAAUCCGCGCCCGCAUCCGCGCCGUAACCCUCUCCUGCCUCCUCAGCACCCUAAUCACCAUCUACAUCACCAGCACCCACGAUGGCUCCUCUCUAUCCCAAACCCUCCACCUCCUCGGCUGGUGGCCCUUCCGCCCGCUCGACAUCCUCAAAACGCUCCUCCUCUGCUCCAUCCUCUUCGCCGGUCCGCUCUACGAAUCCGGCAUCGUCGACGGCGGCUGGCGCGACUGGAUCCGGGGCCGCGACCUAGUAGAGACGCUGGGCUCCUGGAUCGGCUACCGCAACUUCGUCGCCGGGCCCGUGACAGAGGAGCUGCUGUUCCGCAGCCUGAUCAUCCCGCUGCACAUCCUUGCCCGAGAGUCAGCGCCGCGCAUCGUGUUUCUGACCCCGCUGUACUUCGGUAUCGCGCACGUGCACCACUACUAUGAGUUCAGACUCACGCAUCCAGGCACGCCGGCUCUGCCCGCCCUGCUGCGCUCGCUGUUCCAGUUCGGGUACACGAGCGUCUUUGGCUUCUUUGCGGCUUUUGUGUUUCUGAGGACUGGAAGCGUCGUCGCUGUUACCUUGGCACACAGUUUCUGCAAUUGGCAGGGGCUGCCGCGACUUUGGGGACGGGUGGGUGAGCUGGAGGUUGAGGCGGGCGUGCCGAUGGGGCCGCCGGAUGUUGGGGAUGGGAAAGGGGGUGGUGAUGCGAGGAGCGGUCCGCCUUUGCGAGCUGGUCUGGGGAAUGUGUGGACGGUGGUGUAUUAUGUUUUGCUGGUCGCAGGGGCGGUGGGGUUCUGGAGGUGCUUGUGGGUGCUGACGGAGAGUGAGAACGCGUUGAUGGUGGUGUGA